AGGGUUUUGGGUUUUCGGGUUUCGCCUUAGUACGAAACAUUCAGCAAAGAAAAGGACGACGGAGAAGAAGCAACAGAAUGUGGUAUCUGUGCGCGUUCUACCACAGGCUGCUAGAUUACCGGAAAACGGAGGUGGAGUCUCUGGCGGAGCUCUUCGGAGCACGCGGAGACGACAGGUCGUUGGAGUGGAGGCUUCCCGAGCAGCACCACCCGGACACGCCUUUUCAUUUCGUCAAUCUCCCUUCCGAGGCGGCCGCUCGCGACAUCGCCAAUCGAAGUAUACUUGUGAAGGGAAUCUAUGAGCUUUGGGGAGAAGGGGGAAGCUAUGAGGAGCUGGAGGAGUCUAUUAGAAGCUAUCCGGAUGAGAGGAAGCAGCCAUACUUGGAAUCUGGAAGCACCUUCAAAAUUACUGUUGAUUGCUUCGGGAAGGUCAUUAGCUUCCAAGAGCAAAAUGACCGGAUUAAGGGGCUUGCUUACAUUCCUUUCAAGGGUCGAGCUAAUUUGAAAAAUCCAGACCAUAAGUUUUGGCUCAUGGAAAUUGAUGACUAUGGAGUCAAUAAUGGGCUUCCGCCAGUUUCCCAAAGGAGAAUCUUUUUUGGUCGGGAGGUUGGUGGUGCUGAUAGGAAGCUUUUGCCAACAUAUCAGUUAAAAAGCCGCACUUAUCUUGGCCCGACAGCCAUGGAUGCAGAAAUGGCUUUCUUAAUGGCCAACCAAGCGUUAGCCACACGAGGAAAACUUGUCUAUGACCCCUUUGUUGGCACCGGUAGCAUUCUUAUUGCUGCAGCUCACUUUGGAGCAAUGACAAUGGGUGCAGACAUUGACAUUAGGGUAGUACGUGAUGGGCGAGGCCCUGAUUGUAAUGUUUGGAGCAAUUUUAAGCAGUAUGGGUUACCAAUGCCAGUUGCUCUGUUGAGGGCAGAUAAUAACCUUCCUCCAUGGCGUCCUGGAUUGAAAGAGGUAUUCGAUGCAAUAAUCUGUGACCCCCCUUACGGAGUUCGUGCUGGGGGACGUAAAUCUGGUGGCCGGAAGUUGCUGAAGGGGACUGUGGACCCUUAUACAGUUCCCGACGACAAGAGGACAGACCAUAUACCAUCCACUGCAUCUUACUGCUUAGCUGAGUGCGUCCAUGAUUUGCUCGACCUUGCUGCUAAGAUGCUUCGAAUGGGUGGCAGGCUUGUUUUCUUUUACCCUGUAUUAAGAGAUGAUGAUCAUGUAGAAAACCAUUUCCCAGAGCAUCCAUGUUUCAAACUCAUUGCUACUUCUGAGCAGAUACUAAGCUCACGAUACAGCCGCGUAUUACUUACCAUGGUGAAGAUAAGUAGCUACACAGAGGAAAUUGCAGAGACAGCUCGGUUACAACAUAUAGAGUUCAGGGAGAACCAUCUCAAGUGGUUAGAAGAUGGUAAUCUUCAUUCUGCACUUUUCAGUCCCGCCGCCGAUCCUCAGUUAACUGCCGGCAAUGAUUCUAAAUCAAGUUUAGAAGCAAAGCCAAAAUAUAGGGGAAAAUACGUUUAGGCUUGAAAUGUGGCUGCUUUUAUAGGCUGUUUAGUUUGGGCAAUUAUGCCUCUAGGGUUACAUUUUUGUGGUUAUCCAUGUAUCCCUCAUAGAGCGGAGAGAGAGAGAGAGAGAGAGAGAGAGAGAGCUGUUCAAGGAUCAGUUGGAGCUAGUAUUGAAGGCCUUGUUGUUUUUCCUCCUUUUAUGUUUAUUUACUUUUUACCAUGAUAAUUAGAUCCAAUAUGACGCACU